AUGGGUGACUAUUCGAAAGCACUUGAAUUUUACGAAAAAUCACAUAAAAUAAAGGAAAAAGUUCUGCCUCCAAAUCAUCCCGAUUUGGCUACUUCCUACAGCAAUAUCGGUCAAGUGUACAACAAUAUGGGUGACUACUCAAAAGCACUUGAAUUUUGCGAAAAAGCACUUAAAAUCGAUGAAAAAGUUCUGCCUUUGAAUCAUCCCUAUUUGGCUACUUCAUACAACAAUAUUGGUCAAAUGUAUUACAACAUGGAUGACUACUCAAAAGCACUUGAAUUUUACGAAAAAUCACAUCAAAUCUACGAAAAAGUUCUGCCUUCGAAUCGUCCCUAUUUGGCUACUUCCUACAACACCAUCGGUCAAGUGUAUAACAACAUGGGCGACUACUCGAAAGCAAUUGAAUUUUACGAAAAAUCGCUUAAAAUAAGAGAAAAAGCUCUGUCCUCGAAUCAUCCCGAUUUGGCUGGUAGUCACUUGAGUUUCGCAGCAUGUUACGAACGAAUGGGUGAUUACGCAGCAGCUCUUAAGGCUCUUCAUAGUACUUUUCAAAUUCAACAACAAGUAUUUCAAGAAGGUAAUCCAGCUUUUACUUCAACAUAUAGUUGGCUCGGAAGAGUUUAUCGAAGUUUGAAAGAUUAUUCAAAAGCACUUGAUAAUUUCGAAAAAUGUCUCGCAAUAGUUCAAAAAACGUUAUCUGAAAGACAUCCCAAUCGAGCUAUUACAUAUAGUAAUAUUGGUGAUGUUCAUCGAUUAAUGGGUAGUUAUGAUAGGGCACUUUCAUUUCAUCAAAAGGCAUUAAAUAUUCAAGAAAAUGUUCAAUAUAAUCCUCUGGAAUGUGCAACGACAUAUACAAAUUUAGGUGAAACUUAUCGAGAAAUGAAAGAUUAUUCAACAGCAUUGACAUAUUUUCAAAAAGGAUUAGAAAUACGUCAAAAGAAAUUACCAAAAAAUCAUCCUGAUUUAGCUAUAAUUUUUCAUAAUAUGGCAAAACUAUAUUUGGCUACCCAACAAUGUAGUAUGGCAAUGGAAAAUGUCCAACAAGCGGUAGACAUCGCUCAGAAGAAAUUGCCUUCAAAUCAUCCUCAUCUGUUGAACUAUAGACAAACAUUUAAAGAAGUGCAAAAGAAUAUGUAA